UCAGAGGGAAGUGGUCCCUCCCCAAAGUCGUUUUGGUCUGGCCUGGCUGAAACCGUUGCUCGAAGAGAGAAACGCAGAUCAAGAGAGCUCCUGCCUGCCCUGGAGGCCGAGCGCUGCCCAGCACGGCUCCUGGGCGCAAUGCAGAGACCUGCACAUAGAAAAGGGCCAGCCUCAGUGACAAUGGCCACAGGAAACACUGGCCAAUGUGAAGAUGACCUCUGUUUCCCUACAGACUCUGAAGCCUCUUCAUGAAUCCCCAAAAGAAGGUGGACUUGAAGCUCAUAAUUGUCGGAGCACUUGGUGUGGGGAAGACCUCCCUCCUUCACCAAUAUGUGCAUAAGAUGUUUCAUGAGGAAUACCAGACCACACUGGGGGCCAGCAUCCUCUCCAAGUCCAUCACCCUGAAUGACACAACUUUGAAACUCCAGAUCUGGGACACAGGCGGUCAGGAACGGUUCCGUUCCACAGUGUCUACAUUCUACAAGGGCUCCGAUGGCUGUCUCCUGGCUUUUGAUGUCACUGACCUGGAGUCCUUUGAAGCCCUGGAUAUCUGGCGGGGCGAUGUUUUGGCCAAGAUCAUCCCCAUGGAGCAGUCCUAUCCCAUGGUGGUGCUGGGGAACAAAAUCGAUCUGGCAGACAGGAAGGUGCCCCAGGAGGUGGCUCAAGGCUGGUGUAAAGAGAAGGGUAUGCCCUACUUUGAAGUCAGUGCCAAGAAUAACAUCAAUGUGGUGGAAGCCUUUGAAGUGCUGGCCAGCCGAGCUCUAUCCAGGUACCAAGGCAUCCGCGAGAAUCACCUCACAGACUCCAUCAAGCUCUCGCCAGGCCAGCCAAGAAGAAGGUGCUGCUGACAGCCAGACACCCAGAGACAGAGCUGCCCAGGCCUGCUCAUCCCAGGCUGGACCCCCACUUCCUGUCCACACCCAGCCCAGAGUCCAAGGCACUACAGCCAGAGCCCUUGACCAUUGCUGGGUCCAAAACCAGAGCAGUUCUCCAGUGGUGGCAGGGCUGGGUCCUCUGGGGCCUGGAUGAAGCCUAGAAUGUCACAGACAAAGCCUGGCCCUGGAGAAGUCACAGUAAGCUCCAGCGCUCUUGCCAUCUCCCAUCUGCCCCUUGCCCUCUGUCCUGUCACCCCUUCCUGCUUCACACCCCCAAAUCCACAAACACAGUUUCAGACAACUGUACAGCUUAGCCUUCCUCAGCAACCAGGCCAGGAAGAAAGGUAUGGACCCCUGCACAAGACCUCCACUCCUGGCAGAGGCCAGCCAGCUUGGGAAUCCCCGAGGCUCCCUCCAGAGCAGAGGACUGAGCAGGCACAGGAAAAGCCACCAAGGAUUCUUGCUUGUUCCUCCCUACUGAGUGCUCAGGCAGCUCACAUAAAUCUCCAUGGCCUCAGUGUGUUCAUCUGUCAAAUGGGAGUGAAAGGCACCAGGGCCAUAUCAGAGUGUGCUUUUGAGAACCAGAAGCUGCACUUAAAUAUCAAUUUCUGUUGUUGACAUUUAUUUACUCCUUCAACAAGUAUUUUUGACAGCCUAGUACAUACAUUGCACUAAGGUCCAGUGACCAAGAAAACAGGAGCACUGACCUCCCAGAGCCUCCAUUUGUGAGGGAGAGAGGUGAGAGACACAGAACCUAAAUAGAUGUUUUCAAACAGAGCAACAAGACAGGCUGGGAUGAGGGGCUAUUUUAGACACAGUGGUCCAGGAGGGCUCUCCUGAGGAGGUUACAUUGGCCUGAAAGCUACAGGAUGAGAAGGCAGCUACCACCUGAGAGCUGGAGGAAUUUCAUUUCAGGGGAAGGAACAGCAAAGACAAGACCCUGAGGCAAGGACCAGCCUGCUGUGUUCCAGGAACAGUAAAAGGACAUUCAUUCACCUGAGGACUCAAAGCUGCUGUCCCAGAGAGGAGAGGGACCCCGCCCCGCACAGGGAACCUUGACAUUCUGCUGACUGACCACCAGAGGGCAGCAGUGCCCCUUGCGUCCAGGCUGCUGGCGCUUAAAGCUUGAUCUGGGCAAGUUGAGCCCAAUUUGUGGGGCAAGAGAAUUCAAAUAUCUUAAUCCUAGAAAGAAAUGGCCAAAAAACUGCAACAUAUAUGUUUCAGGCAAGAAAUGAGAAUCAGAGACAAAUACAAGAAGGAGGAGCCUGGAGAGCUCACACACAAUCCCUCAGGUUCUAAGGCCAUACUGGAUUUUUUCUUCUGGCUUCAGAGAGCACAGCUUCGGUGGCCCAGCCUGAAGGAAGUGGGCAAGUGAACAUUCAGGGUCUCAAUGGCCAAGUUCAUCCUCACCAUACAUACCUCCUGUUUCCACAGAAGUCACCUUUCCCAAGUUCCAAGCAGAGCUGUGCAGGUGUCAUCUGUCCCCAAACAUUCACUUAGAAGGAGGCCCUUCUCCCGCCACCUAGCUCUGGAAUAUGGACCAGUUCACCCUGGUGGCAGUAUGGAGCUAGUGCUGCAGCAGGGUGGGCCCUGCACACUACUCUCCAUGUCCUUCAGAGCUGCCAGAGAUGAAUGACACUCCCUCACAGGGGUGACAUUUUGCAUAUACACCAGCUCUCCUGGGAGCCAGUCAGACUGUGAGAUGGAUGGAAGUGUUCCAUGUGGGUGUGUGGGCAUCAGCUUGGGGACCACAGUGUACAUACAAACUGCUUCCAAAUGAGCACAGCAACUGCUAAAUAUGUCAUUUGUUUGCUACCCUUUGUGGGACAGUAGUCUGCCUUGGUUCAUGGUUUCACUUUCUAUAGUUUCAGCUACCCAUGGUCAACUAUGGACCAAAAAUAUUAAACAGAAAAUUCCAGAAAGUUAAUUUUAAAUUGUGUGCCUUUCUGAGUAGUGUGAUGAAAUCUCACACCAUCUUACCCAGGAAAUGAGUCAUCCCUGUGUCCAGUGUAUCCAUACUCUAUAUGCUACCUGUCCAGUGCUCACUUUGUAGCCACCUCAGUUAUCAGAUUAAUUGCAUAGUAUCAAGUGCUUGUGUUCAAGUAGCUUUUAGCAAGGAGCCUAACACUAUGUCACCGUGCCUAGGUCAUUUAUAUCACUUCAUCCAUCACAAAGACAUUGUAUCAUCUCACAUCACAAGAAGGU